AUGAGCAUCUCGGUAGAAACUUUAAAGGACGCCCUUGAUUUUGCAAAGAAUGAUGACACUGUUGUCGAAUCUGUCAAUAGCUUGAACCAGUUGAGCAAGGAUCACUCGAGCUGGGAUAAAGGUGCUCAAGCCUGCAAGGAUUUGGCUGAUGCGCUGCGUACAGCUUCGUUGAGAUCUCCUCUUGGUGAUUCGGGUAUAAUUGAAACCUUGGCAGGCUUAUUGAAUGAGACAUCUGGAAGGCAAUUCCAUUUUCAAAUUCAGGCACUGCGAGUAUUAGGGAAUUUAUGCUUUGAUCAUGAAAACAAUCGCAAACGUAUGAAAGAUGCUGGUAUUGUGCCUACUGUGGCCUCUUAUUUGACUCAAGAUGCACCUUCAGACUUGAUUCGUACAGUAUGUGGAUUUUACUUGAACAGCAGUAUGGAUUACGCUCCUAUUCAAAAUGAGAUUGCUGAAUGCGGGGCAGCCAAGCGUCUUGUCGAUUUGAUUGUACCUGGAAAACAGGACGAUGGAUCCAUCACGAUGGCCAUCAAGGUGCUGGAUAAUAUGGUCGCUGAAGAGACUGCUCGCAAGAUUAUUUCAACGCCAUCUACAGUGAUAGCCUACAUCACAAUGAUGGAGCACAUGUACAAAUCUGAAGAAUACAUGGACGAACUGGAUAAUUUGGAGAACCUAGCAGACACAUUGCUUCAACUCAUAAUGGAUGAUGGUAUAGUACAACUGCGAACUGUCGAGGAAAAAAAAAAAAAAAACUCAGUACUCAUCCAAGCAGAUCUUCUUCAGAAUGAAAUUGUCGAUAUGGGCGCGUUGGACUUUCUGCUGGAUUUCUUGCAGAACACUGACGUUGAAUUGCAAGAAAAGGACGAGAAAGAGAAAUUAGAGGAGAUCCAUAAAACGAUGAGCAAGAUUACCAUCUAUGCCACAUCUACAGACGCCAAGAUGGAGGAACUGUACAGCAACCGACAUAUGCUGUCCAGAUUCUUGGACAUGGCCAAGAGUAAUUCAGAAGUUGUCCGUCAAUGUGCCGUAUAUAUACUUGGAAAUCUCGCCAGAAGCGACCAGCACUGCAUUGAACUGGUCGAAAAGUACAACUUGUCCAAGCUGCUGCUAGAUAUGUAUCAAACCACAGAGAAUGCUACAUUCCAAUACGCUAUUUUGGGCUGUUUGAAACACUUGUGUCUUCCCGCGUCCAACAAGGACAUUAUCGGCAACGAUGAUUGCAUCCGAAUGCUAUCUCCAGCUCUUGAUGAAUCCAAAGACAUGCUCAAGAGAAACCAAUUUCUCACCAUUGGUAUCAUGAAAUUGCUGUGCGCUAGCAACUAUGACAACGCCAAGCGCAUCAUUCAAGAAGACAACACAUUGUCGCUUGUUACGGGAUUCUUAAAGCGAGUGGAUGAUGUUGCUGCCAAGAGCGAGGCUACUCGUGUGCUGACCAAUCUAGUCAAAACUGUAUGGGUCCAGAGCAACAACAAUGACCUGCGAAUGCAAGUUAUGGAGGCACACAUCAUGGAGCCAAUCAUCGAGCUUGUGAGAACAUCAACGUUUGCUGUGCUCAAGAACGAUGGCAUCAUGGCACUCACAUUGAUCUUUUCAGAAUCAAGCGAGAGUGCCACUACAAAGAAGGCGUUGUCCAUCAUCACUGCGGAUCCACCUCAACCUAUCAUCGCGGGAGCGCAAGAAGAAAAAGAAGACGAGGGAGAAGAGCAAAAGGAGCACGAAUCAAGAUCAUUUUUGCAAGUAUUGAUCGAUGACAUAUGUGUGGAAUCCAAUGAGAUCCCUGUCCAGAUCAAAUGCAAUGCCUGCUUAUUGCUCUGCAAAGUGGUGGAAUCCGCCAAGAAAAACGAUGAUUUGCAGGUGAUUGAAGCCAUCAAAUCCAUUGCGUCAGAUAGAUUGGAAAGCAUCCAGGACAACAGCGAUUUACACAAAUACGCUACCACACUAUCCAAGGCAUUACAACAACAAUGA